AUGGUGAGGUCUCCUUGCUGUGACAGAUUGAAUGUGAAAAGAGGUCUCUGGACUGCAGAGGAAGAUGCGAAAAUGCUUGCUCAUGUGGCCAAGCAUGGUACAGGAAAUUGGACUGCUGUUCCAAAGAAAGCAGGACUUCAAAGAUGUGGGAAGAGUUGCAGACUUAGGUGGACUAAUUACCUGAGGCCAGAUCUCAAGCACGACAGCUUCACACCCCAAGAAGAGGAAAUGAUUAUUAGGCUUCAUGCAGCAAUAGGUAGCAGGUGGUCUAUAAUAGCCCAACAACUUCCAGGAAGAACAGACAAUGAUGUGAAAAACUACUGGAACGCUAGGCUAAGAAAGAAGCUGUCUGAAAUGGGGAUAGAUCCUGUCACUCAUAAGCCGUUCUCUAAAAUUUUAGCUGACUACGGAAACAUCGGUGGCCUUGUAAAAUCUGGAAGCAGAAUUGGGUCACUCAGCAGAGGCCUAAAGAAUGUUUUCACUUUGAAACCAGAGCAAUAUCCAUUCACUCCUGAAGGAAUGUCGAACAUCAACAGCCAUUUGAUGACCACAACGGUACCACCUAAGAUGGAACCAAACCAAGAAUGUUUCUUGAACAUUAUGUAUAACAAUGACGCUAAUAACAAUCACUCACUAGAUCUUCUUGAUCAGCUUCAAGCCAUAAAACUGGUGACGGAGGCCUCAAGUACUUGCACUGCAUAUCAAACUAUUCCAGCACCAUGUAUCCUUGAUGAAGGCUCAUUAUCAUCAUCUUCAUCAUCUACUUGCUCCACCGCAGCUCAAGAAAAAUUCCCAACAAGCUUUAGCUGGUGCGAUUUUCUUCUAGAAGAUGAAUAUCUCCCUGGUGAUCAUCCACAAGCAGAACAGGAAAACGCAGCAGAAUUCUCAUCCAAGGACUUGACGAACCAAACACAGAAUCCGAAUGUAAUGAUACCGCAAAGUGUUCAAUCUAAUACCGAGGUUAAUGUUGGAGUUAACGGAAUGGAUUUGGCACUCCAAAGCAACAAUGGUUCUGAUGAUCAAGUUGCAUCAUCAUCGUCACAACAUAGUUCAUUUGUUGAAACUAUCAUGGAUGGAGAAAGCAAGAUAUUCUUGGAUUUUCCUAACUUGCUGGAGGAAAUAUUCUACUACUGA